UGAAGAAGAAACCGGUGGCGGGAACAAGUAACUUAGGGGGCGAGUGAAAGUAAAGUACAGGCGCUUUCAUCAAGUUAACGUUACAAGACUUGUGUUUGUAGUGUAGCACCUGUUUACUUUGUCAAAACGUAAAUAUCAUAGGAGGAUAUCCUUAAUAACUGGAGCAGGCCAGGCAUGAGUGGCGCACACCUGGACGAAUGGCAGAGGAGGUCCUUUGACAUUUCAUCUGGCAACUGUACACCUGAACAGACGGCCGAUGCCUACCGGGCCCACAUCCUCUCCAUUCAGUAUGCAUGGGCAAGCUCCCAGAUCUCUCAGGCCGGCAUGGCCAGCCUGCUCAGGACCUACUCGGAGCGCUACGCCGCAGUGCUGGACUCGGAUGACCCACGCACAGGGCUUAACAACUAUGCAGAGAGCGCACUGCAUCUGGCCCGCAGUCAGAGGAACUACAGUGACAAAUGGGAGUCGUCUCUGACCAUGGAGAGUGUGCUGGAGCUGCCCUGCGUGAAAAAGAUGAUUCAGGCUGGGACAGAGGGAGGAGGCUCCCUGGUGGCAGCAGGGGAUGUAAACAUAUCUGUAGGGCAAGAGAGCAGAGGCAGCUCUCUGUCUGCUCCCUUCACCGGAGUCAGGUCAGAGGCUGCAUUGUUCAGACCUGCAGGACCACAACAACCUAAGACAAAGGUUAACAGCCCUACCAGUAAUCCUGUUAAUAAUAUUACGUCUGAGAGGCCAAGAGGCUCUGAGGGAACCUUGGGUAAUCCAAACUCAUUCUCCCGACCUCCUUCCCGACCACAGUCUGUGUUAAGUCAUCCUCCUUCAGUUCUUCCACACGGAAACCCUGGCCCUGCAGGGGGCACAGAAAACUAUCAGUCCUCUUUCUUCCCCACCUCCAACCCAUGUAAGCGGAAGAAUUUUUACAACCCAGAUGGAGCGGAUGGUGGCAGGGGCCAACAUGGAGGUCAAGCAAGCACUGACCCACGAGCUGGAAGCAACUUUAAAACGGCUCGGGAGCAGUUCAUUGUUGAUCAACAGAAAAAACAUUCCCAUCAGCCACAGAGAGGUCAGACCACUGGAAUGGCAGCAACUGUGAAGAAAUCUCUGGGUGCUAACAGGCCUCGAGGCGCAUUUUCUAAAUUUGUGUCACCUAUCCCACGACAGGAGGAGGAAGAAGGUGGGGCGAGCAGUAAUCCCAAUCAGGAACCUCAGAUUCUGGAUGACCGUCUGAAAAACUUUGAGCCAAAGAUCAUCGAGCUGAUCAUGAGUGAGAUCAUGGACCACGGCCCUCCAGUUGCCUGGGAAGACAUAGCAGGCCUGGAGUUUGCCAAGACCACUAUAAAGGAGAUUGUGGUUUGGCCCAUGCUGCGACCUGAUAUCUUUACUGGCCUCCGUGGUCCACCCAAAGGCAUCCUGUUGUUUGGACCUCCAGGGACCGGGAAAACUCUGAUAGGAAAAUGCAUAGCUUGCCAGUCAGGUGCCACCUUCUUUAGCAUCAGUGCUUCUUCGCUCACAUCCAAGUGGGUGGGUGAAGGAGAAAAAAUGGUGCGGGCCCUGUUUGCCAUUGCCCGCUGCCACCAGCCUGCUGUCAUUUUCAUUGAUGAAAUUGACUCACUGUUGUCCCAGCGGACAGACGGGGAGCACGACUCAUCCCGUAGGAUAAAGACAGAGUUCUUGGUUCAGCUGGACGGGGCAGCCACAGCAGCCGAGGACCGCAUCCUGGUGGUGGGCGCCACCAACCGGCCUCAAGAGAUAGACGAGGCUGCCCGACGACGCCUGGCAAAGAGGUUAUAUAUCCCCCUACCAGAGGCAACCGCCCGAUUGCAGAUAGUGACAAACCUCAUGGCUCGAGAGAAGAACCAGCUGAUAGAGCAAGAGCUGGAGAGCGUGGUAACAGCCACCAAGGGCUUUUCAGGCGCUGAUAUGACUCAAUUAUGUAAAGAGGCAGCUCUGGGGCCCAUCCGAAGCAUCCAGCUCAGUGAAAUCGCCACUAUCACUGCAGAUCAGGUGCGGCCAAUCCUCUACAGUGACUUCCAGGAGGCUCUGAAGACAGUACGACCCAGUGUCUCAUCAAAAGACUUGGAGCUGUAUGAAGAGUGGAAUAAGACUUUCGGAUGUGGACAUUAAACUUGGCUCCUCAUCCUGAUCAUCAAAGUUAUGGAUAUUAUUUUGAACUGAGUUGAGAUAAACAUGUUGCCUUACAGUGGGAUCAAUAACUCGUGACAGUCUCACCAGAAAGCCUAAAAAAUGAAAAAAAUUCACAAAGACGGCUUUUGAAAUGCAGACGUGUUAGAUUGUAUUAUACUGAGCAGGUGUUUCUGUCAUUUUGUCUACCCCUGUGGGCCGAAUGGGUCAUUUAUUUAAAUGGACAAUCUCUUUACAACCAACCUGAUUUGUUUUGUGAACCAUUAACUUAAGCCCUUACUCACAGGAUGCUGUAACUACACCCGAAAUAAAAAUAUACAGAUAUCAGCUGAAACAAGGUGCGUUUACACAAAAAUGUCAGCCAUAUGCAUGUUAUCGUUAUCCUUAUUCAUAGUUAUCUUUGUGGUGAACGAUUGCAAAAAACUGUUUCCAUUAUUUUCCAUUCAAAUUAUUUUUACGAGUUUGUAAUGGCCACGCUGUUCUGUUUAGAUAUGCAUUUUACUAUGUAGUGAGCUGUGUUCCAGAUGAAGCAAUGACCUGUUUGAAUUCCUUUAGCUGUUAGCGUCCUUUUUACUUGGACAUUCAGUAUUUAGUAUUCAUUCCCGGAGAUAUCCUCACAUAUAUCGUAUAUCGGAUGUCAAGACUUAACCUUUGUCAUUGCUUUAGUUUGUUUCAAUUAAUUGCAUUGCCCAAAUGAAAUUUCUUUCCUAAUAAAAUGACAUAUUGCCCUGA